GCUGUAAAAGCCUGGUCAGCUCGGGGCGCGCGGCGGUGGACGAUCGGACCGGAGCUCGCGGCGGCGGUUCCCUCGCCCGCCGGCCUCGAACGGCGGCGGCGGCCGGCGAUGGAGGCGCGGGAGUACGUGUGGAAGGGGGCGAUCCCGCUGCAGAUCCACCUCCACGAGUCCGAAGUCACCGCCCUCCCUCCGCCACCUCCUCUCCUCAUUCUGGCGCCCCGGAUCGGGUACCUCCCGCUGCUGAUCCCCCGCGUCAAGCCCCACUUCAGCGGCGCCCUCCCCGGCGCGGACACCGUUUGGUUCGACUACAACGGCCUGCCCUUGAAAUGGUUCAUUCCGACGGGAGUCCUUUUCGCUUUAUGCCCCGAACCGAAGAGACCUUGGAAUUUGACGGUACAUUUCAGAGGAUAUCCAAGCAAUGUAUUGGUCCCCUGCGAAGGUGAAGAUAGUGUAAAGUGGAGUUUUAUCAAUUCUCUAAAGGAGGCAGCUUAUAUUAUUAAUGGAAAUUGCAAAAAUGUCAUGAAUAUGUCCCAAUCUGAUCAAUCAGAGCUUUGGCAAAGUGUAAUGAAUGGUGAUCUGGAAGCCUACCAGCAGGUAUCGCUAAAGCUUAAAUUUGGUGUACUUGAGGAUGAGUACAUUGUAAAGAAGAAUUCAAUUUCAUUGAGAUCCAAAGAAAGCAGCGCUGACACAGAUAUGGCUGGACAAGCUAAGACAGGUAGAAUUCCAGUCAGACUGUAUGUUUGCGGUGCCACUGAAGAUUUUGAUGAGUUAGAGGAUGCACCUGAAAUUGAUAAUUGGGACAAGAUCUCUUACAUAAAUCGUCCUGUUGAGGUUCACAAAGAAGAAGGGAAAUACUUCACACUAGGCGAUGCAGUGAAGGCUCUUUUACCUGCGAUUUUUACCGACAAAUCAUUCAUCGAUGAGGAUGUGUCUAAAACAGAAAUAGGACAGAAAAACUGUGAAGCCGUUGAGCCUCUUUUUUCGUCAAAUACUGCUGAAUUAAAGCUUUUAAGAAUCCACGGCAUUGAGCCACAAUUGGAGAUACCUUUCUCCUGGGUUGUGAACAACUUAAUGCACCCUGAACAUUUUCUCCACAUUUGUGUGUUUCUUAAAGUUGCACGGGCAAAUCAUCGAUGACUAUGGGUCUUAGUACUUGUUUUUUCCCGUUCUAGUCAUUUAUGUCCUUGAUUUCUUAGAAUUAGAAAAUCCUAGAAUUCAUUUGCUGUAAAGAAACUGUACAGAAAGUCAUGAAAUAAAUAUGCUGAUCAUGGCAUAGGAGAAAUUCUUCUCA